AUGGCUUCCAAGGGCCUCAAGGCCAGCUUCUCUUCGGGGUCUCUCAAGGGCCUGGGAGGGGCCGGUGGGGGCUCUGCUCGAGGGUCCAUGAUGUACUCCAGCAGCUCUUGCAAGCUCCCGAGCCUCUCCCGCGGGGCCCGGAGUUUCUCUGCGUCCUCCGUCGGGCUGGGCAGGAGCAGCUGCAGGGCGGCCAGCUGCCUUCCUGCUCUCUGCCUCCCGUCCGGAGGCUUUGCCACCAGCUACAGCCUGGGCGGGGGCUGGUUUGGGGAGGGCAUCCUCACCGGCAGCGAGAAGGAGACCAUGCAGUCCCUGAACGACCGCCUGGCCAGCUACCUGGAGAAGGUGCGCCAGCUGGAGCGCGAGAACGCCAGCCUGGAGUGCCGCAUCCAGGAGUGGUGUGAGCAGCAGGUGCCCUACCUGUGCCCCGACUACCAGUCCUACUUCCGGACCAUCGAGGAGCUCCAGAAGAAGACCCUGUGCACCAAGGCAGAGAAUGCCAGCCUGGUGGUGCAGAUCGACAACGCCAAGCUGGCCGCAGAUGACUUCAGAACUAAAUACGAGAUGGAGCUGUCCAUGCGGCAGCUGGUGGAGUCGGACAUGAACGGCCUGCGCAGGAUCCUGGAUGAUCUGACCCUGUGCAAGUCCGACCUGGAGGCCCAGGUGGAGUCCCUGAAGGAGGAGCUGCUAUGCCUCAAGAAGAACCAUGAGGAGGAAGUGAACUCGCUGCGCUCCCAGCUUGGUGACCGGCUCAAUGUUGAGGUGGACGCUGCCCCACCUGUUGACCUGAACCGUGUUCUGGAUGAGAUGAGGUGUCAAUAUGAGACCCUGGUGGAGAAUAACCGCCGGGAUGCUGAAGAAUGGUUCAACACUCAGACCGAGGAGCUGAACCAGCAGGUGGUAUCCAGCUCAGAGCAACUGCAGUCCUGCCAGGCGGAGAUCAUCGAGCUGAGACGCACGGUCAAUGCCCUGGAGAUCGAGCUGCAGGCCCAGCAGAGCAUGCGAGAUGCUUUGGAAUCUACCCUGGCGGAGACUGAGGCCCGCUACGGCUCCCAGCUGGGCCAGAUGCAGUGCCUGAUCAGCAACGUGGAGUCCCAGCUGGCUGAGAUCAGGAGUGACCUGGAGCGGCAGAACCAGGAGUACCAGGUGCUGCUGGACGUGCGGGCCCGGCUGGAGUGCGAGAUCAACACGUACCGAGGCCUGCUGGAGAGCGAGGAGGGCAAGCUUCCCUGUAACCCAUGUGCUCCUGACCACUCGUCUGCCAAGUCGUGCCUCCCCUGCCUUCCUGCGGUCUCCUGCGGUCCUGGUGUGGUCCACACCACCUGCAGCCCCCGCCCUAUGUGCGUGCCCUGCCCGGGGGGCCGGUUCUGA